AUGUUUUACCCAAACGAAUUGGCUUAUUUUAAGAAAACCAAUUUUAAACAUCCAAACGGACUGCUAACAUUCAACGAAGCUGCAGUCCAUCAUACCAACCCCCGGCGACCACAAAAAUAUUUCAAAAACAGAGUUUUGCAACGUCUGCUACAAUUUUGUAAAAAUUCCAUACAUGGUGUAAAUCAUAUUUUCGAACCGAGGGAACGGCCUGCGGUACGGUUAUUUUGGUUAUUGGUGGUAGUAGCCGCCUUAAUUGGUUGCAUAGUUCUGUACAUCGAUGUGACCAAGCGUCAUGGCGAAGAAGUCCUUGUUACAGUGGUCGAAACAUCACAUUUACCCAUACAUAAAAUUAGUUUUCCCGCAGUGGCCGUUUGUCCCUUCAAUCACAUCAAUUGGAUGCGUUACAAAGCGGCUGAGGAGAAAUUCCUACCACGCUAUACAGCCAAGGAGGCAAAGAGUGCCUUUUAUAAUCUCAUGGUUUUAAUGGAACGUAUUACCUUUUCCAGACUGGAUCCUAUAAAGGAGUUCUUAAACACAAAGAAAGUACCAUGGUCGGUACGAAAUAUUGUACUCUCAGAAGUGGCUAAAUAUAUGGCACUGCGUUGUGAUGAAAUUUUCCGUUGGUGUUCGUACGAUGAAACGCAACAUGAUUGUUGUAAAAUUUUCGUUCCCGAAUAUACGGAAAAGGGUGUGUGUUUGGUAUUCAAUUCGGUCAUAUCGAAGGAAUCGAAAAUUAAGAAGUUAACUGAUAACUAUUAUCCCUGGAGAGCCCGAUCGAGUGGGGAACGUUCAGGUUUAUCGUUUAAAUUACGUUAUAAUAGCAGUGUUAUUAGACCCGAAUCUGAUGUACCAUUUGCUUUUAGUGUCCUAAUUAAAGAAUCCGAAGAAUGGAGUGAUUCUCUAUUUAAUAUUCUGCAUGAGAAUACACAUACUAGUUUGAUGGUAACACCAAUAAUAACCGAGACCUCUCGAAAUACUCGUCACAUUAAUCCAGCGAAACGUAAAUGUUUAUUUCCGAAUGAAAAAUCCCGUAAAUACUAUCGAAUUGAGGGCCUGCAAUUUAACAAGGUCAAUUGUCGGGUGCAGUGUGAGCAGAGAUAUUUAUUAGAUGCCUGUAACUGUACAAUGUCUAUGUUUUUCCCAGGCAUACGUAAGUAA